CCGCCGCCCCUGCUGCUGCUCCUGCUGCUGCUUUAAGAAUAAUAAACUAUGCACCUGUAGGAUUUAUAGCGUUAAUAUAAGACUUUAUACAGCAGCAGCCUGAGCGGCAUCUGUGUGACAGUUUGUGCGUGCGCGCGUGUAUGCGCGCGCGAGAGAGAGCGCGCGAUCACUCGGGAUUUAAGCACGGCGUUUAAACCGGAGAGGUAAACGGUUGUAGUCAUGGAGUACGCCGAUAUUUUGCGGUGAAACGUGUUUUAUUUUUCGGUUUUGAACAUGUAAGGGAAUGUCGCCGAAUUCACGGGGCUGUUCGGUGUUGAGGAAUAAACAGUAAUCAGUCCGCUUUUGUUCCCAGCCGGUGAAUAUAAACACACAACGGCGGAAGAUGCCUCAUCCCGGCUUUACCUGAAGCUGUCCUUUACACCAAGGUCCUACAAGGAGCUACAUUACUUGGAUUUUCAGCUGCUUAGUCUGUAUUACAUGACUGUAAUGUACAUGAACAGCAAGUAGGAGAUGGAUAGAGGAAGCAUACUGAUGUAAAUUCUGACAUAAUCAGGAUACACUGGCAGGUGUUUUCGAUGUUUCUUUGAAUCAGACCAUAAAAAUUAAAUAAAGAAGCCAGAGGGAAGGAGCUGUUUUGUCAUGGCGACCGAUCCAGGAGAGCCCACCGGCACAGAGGAGUCGUCUGGAGAGAAACCUGAUGGCGAGAAGGAGGAAGAGAAGAAGUGGCAGGCAAACCAGACAACCAGCCAAAAGGAGAGCAGUAUGCCAGAGAGAGAGGCUGGACAUGAGGAAGCCUCGGUAGCCAAAGCAGCAGAAAUUGCAAGAGAAGGAGAAGUCGGCGAGGCACAAGAGCAAACAGCUCAUCCGAAGCGUGAGAACAAACGCUUCUUUCGGAAGAGUGUGGAACUCUGUGAGAAGGAUGAGCUUGUAGAGGAGGACGGCCUUCAUAGCAUUCCUCAUUCUGAGCUCCAUGACUCAGACUCUGUCUUCAGUGCUGGAACUCAUGUAACCGUUGAUGGCAGGCAUGGCCUAGACUUGGGAAAGGGUGUCCCCUCAGUACCCAGGCUUAAGGGAAAGGAACGUGAGUCUGAGCAGGAGGAGGAGGCUGAGAUGAAAGCAGUCGCCACAUCACCUGGUGGCCGCUUCCUUAAAUUCGACAUCGAGCUUGGCCGAGGAGCUUUUAAGACGGUUUAUAAAGGCCUGGAUACAGAGACGUGGGUGGAAGUGGCUUGGUGUGAACUACAGGAUGGGAAGCUGACCAAGGCUGAGCAGCAGCGCUUCAAAGAGGAAGCCGAGAUGUUAAAAGGCCUACAGCAUCCCAACAUCGUUCGCUUUUACGACUUCUGGGAGUCGACUCUCCGAGGAAAGAAGUGCAUAGUCCUCGUCACAGAGCUCAUGACCUCUGGGACACUCAAAACAUACCUUAAGCGCUUUAAGGUUAUGAAGCCGAAGGUGUUGCGCAGCUGGUGCAGACAAAUCCUGAAGGGCCUGCAUUUCUUGCAUACGCGUACACCGCCCAUUGUGCACCGUGACUUAAAGUGCGACAACAUCUUUAUCACUGGUCCCACAGGCUCAGUGAAGAUCGGAGACCUAGGCCUGGCUACGCUCAUGAGAACCUCUUUUGCUAAGAGUGUUAUAGGUACCCCAGAGUUCAUGGCUCCGGAGAUGUAUGAGGAACAUUACGAUGAGUCUGUGGAUGUCUACGCCUUUGGCAUGUGCAUGCUUGAGAUGGCUACAUCUGAGUACCCUUAUUCUGAAUGUCAAAAUGCUGCACAGAUCUACCGCAAGGUCACCAGUGGAAUCAAGCCUGCCAGUUUUGAUAAAGUGAAUGAUCCAGAAAUUAAGGAAAUCAUUGAGGGCUGCAUUCGGCAGAACCGAGGCGAGCGACUUUCCAUUAAGGACCUGCUGAACCAUGCUUUCUUUGGCGAGGAUACUGGUGUGCGAGUAGAGUUGGCAGAAGAAGACACGGGCAGUCAGGAUUGUCUGGCUCUGCGUAUUUGGGUGGAAGAGCCUAAAAAACUGAAGGGCAAGCACAAGGACAAUGAGGCCAUCGAGUUUAGCUACAACCUGGAGAUUGACAGUGCAGAGGAAGUGGCAUUAGAGAUGGUCAAGUCUGGGUUUUUUCACGAGAGUGACGCAAAGGUUGUGGGAAAGUCCAUUAGAGACAGAAUAACUCAAAUUAAAAAGUUUCGCGCAGCACGACAACAACGAACCCUAGAGGAGAGGAGAGACUCUUGCCUGGCUUCUGCGGGCUUCACCACCAGUUUUACAUCAUUUCCUUCUUCCAUUGGUCCUGGGACUUCUGCUCUUCCUACUGCUACCUCUGUGGGGGCCACUGGGGGGCACAGGGAGGGAGAAGAUCUGACAGAGAAACACACUCGACAGAAGGUUCCCAUCAGCAACACACAAGGCCCCAUAGAAAUAGAGAAGCACUCUGCAGUCUGUGGAGAAUCAUUUGUAGCUGCACAGAGUCAACCCUAUUCAUUGGCGGGAGACUCUGGAAUCUCAAUUGCUAACACUCAGACCAGCUUUCCCACUGGGACCCCUUCACUGCCCCCAUAUCCCACAGACAUAACACAAACUGCACUUCCCCAGACAGGAGAGACGCGUGCUUCACUCAUAAAAACACAGUCAUACAUAACCCCUGUUACACCCCAGGCCUCCAUUGGCAUUCUCUCUGCAGAGCCCAUAGGAUCAUCCUUGAGCAGCCUGAUGCCACAGACUAAACAAAGGCAGCACAAUGUUGCACCUUUGCCACAGACUGAAAUUUUGCACCAACAAAUUGCAGUUCAGCCACAACACCAGGUAGUGUUAGACCUGCAGACUGCAUUGCUGCAACAACAGCAACAAUCACCAAUGUCACAACAACAAGUAGUGUUAGAUCUCCAGACUACAUUGCUGCAGAAACCACCACCACUGUCACAACAACAACAGGCAGGUACAUUACAACAGAUUGAACAAAUUCAAAAGCAAAGCAUGUUAUUGCAACAGCCUCCAAUUUCAGCUGGGAUACCACCCCAGCAGAUAGAGAAUCCACAGUUAGUUUUAAAGGAGCAGCAGGUGCAGUCAACUGUAUUGCAGCAGCAAUAUAUACCACAGCUUCUACAACAGACCUUGGGGCACCCUCAACAGAUAGACUCACAGCAACAGGUAUAUGUACCACAGCAACCUGUAAUUCAACAGCAGGCUCAACAGAAAGCAUCUAUUCAGCAACUCUCAAUAGACCAGCAGCCAAAGGAACCACAGUUGCUGUUGCAACAACACCAUCCUCAGUUAUUUGUGCCAAGUCAGGCAGAACUACAAAAGUCAGCCAUGAUGCAGUCAACUCCUCAGCAGUUACCACUUGCAGAGCAACAACAAGCAGUUCAUGGUUUACAGCUAUUGGAACAGCAGAAUAUCUAUUCACAACAACAAGUAGAGCAGCAAGAACUCCAACUUCAAAACCAACAGCAAGUUUCUGCAGUGACAACGCAUAUUGAGAAACAUGGUCCACAAUUGCUUCAGCAAAUACAACAACAGCAGGCAAUUUUACAACAGGCAGGUGAGCAGCAGCAGCAGCGACAGGCUCUAUUGCAGCAGCACUUGGAGCAACAAGAAGCUCUGUUUCUACAACAACAAAUCUUAUUACACCAGCAACAAUUUGAACGUCAGUCUUUAUUACAACAACAUCAACCACAGUUGGAACAACAAAAUAUACUAAUACCACAACAACAGACUCAACAACAGCCACGACAGAUAGAACAAGAAACUUUAUUGCAAAAGCAGUUAGAACAGCAGCAAAAGCAAGCUAUUUUACAGCAACAACAAGUGCAACUUCUGCAACAGCAGUUGGAACAGAAUCAACUUCUUUUGCAAAAACAGCACCAAAUGGAAGGUUUACUACAGCAGCACCAGCAGCAGCCUGUACUGCAUAUUUCCCCAUCGCAAAUUACACAACCACAAAUGCAGCAACAGCCAGAGCAACAAGCUUUUCAGACACAGGUUGACCAACAGCAGAAUAUGUUAGUACAACAACAGAUCCAACAGCAGUUUCUUGUACAACAUCAAAAGAAAAAUACAGAACCUCAGCAAGUACAAGCCAAUCUGCAUGAGGAAAAGGAAAAUCUUCAACAGCAAGCUUUUUUCCCACAAGGGCAAACUUUGGGCCAGCAAGCUGUUACUCUUGAGACUGUUCAGCAGCAGUAUGCUAUAAUCGAACAACAUCAGGAUCUGCAGCCGCAUAAACAGCAAGCUGUAUGUUUACAACCACAAAAUCAGUUGAACCAAUCAGUACCUCUUGGGCAACAUUACAGUGGACAACAGCAAACUCUUUCUCUCGAGUCUUUUAAGCAGCAGCAGCAGGGUCUGCUCAGUCAACAGCAGGAUCAACAGCUUCAACAUCAAGCUUUGUUUUUACAACAGGCAAGCCAACAAGGAUCCCUUGGGCAAAAUCAUAGCGGACAACUGCAAGCUCUAACACUUGACUCUGUUCAGCAGGGUCUACUUAAGCAGCAGCAAGAUCAGCAGCAUCUUCAUCACCAUGCUUUGUUUUUACAACAGCAGUCAAACCAACAUGUAGGCCCUGGGCAACAUCACAGUGGACAACAGCAGGCUGUUCCUCUUGAGAUUGUUCAGCAGCAACAACAAAAUCUGCUCAGGCAACAGCAGGACCAGCAGCAUCUUCAACAGCAAGCUUCAUUCUUACAGCAUAAACAACAGCUGAACCAACAAGUAGGCACUGGGCAGCAACACAGUAACCAACAGCAGUCUCUAGGUCUUGAAGCUGUUCAGCAGCAUCAGAUUCUACUUCAGCAUGAGCAGCAGCAGCAAGCCUUGUUAUUACAACAGCCGCUUCAGUCUCACCAAUGUAUUACCCAGCACAAAGUAGACCAACACCAACAAGAAUUUUCUCAGCAGCAAAAUGUUCCCUGUGGCCAGCAAGAUGUUGUGGAGUCACAAGUAACAAUAGUUUCUCAGACAGCACCACAAAUGGCUCCCUCCCAAAUUUCAAGCCAAUUACAAACCCUGGUACAGAUUGACCAGCAUGCACUGCCUCUGUCAGCACCUCAAAAUCAAGGGCUAUUUCAACAGAAACAAGGUGACCUUAUGCAAAUUCAAGGUCAAAUUCCUUUACAGACCCAAAGUCAAUCAGAACCACAAUCACUAGCACAGCCUAAUCCCAUCCAAGUGAAAAGCCCUUAUGCAAUCCCUUGUCCAAUGCAGAGGCAAGAUUCUACACAGCCACAAGUACAGACCGAGACAUAUGUCUCAAAUGAGGCACAGGCUCAAAUGAUCAUACAGGGACAGAAUCUUUCAGCUCAUCUCAUGCCACAUCAAACUCCUGUCCUUUGUCAGGUUCCACAAAUGCCACCACCAACUCAAAUAACCAACCAAAUUCAGUCUCAAGUUCAGGCACCUUCUGCCUUGCUCUCAAUGCAGUAUCUUCAAACUGCACAACUCGGUCAGCACACCAUGCAGCCAGUGCAGGUUGACUUUACACAAUGUACAAAACAGCAACAGCAGUAUCAGCAAAUGGUGCUGUCUCCAGUAACAGUGGAAAGUACCACUGCUGUAUCAUCGGCGACCAUGGGUGCUGCUACAAUCACUCAGCAAUACUUACAGCAGACAGGCCAGGCUCAAAAUCAAAUCCAAGCACAGACACAGUCUACCCUACAGGGACAGCAACAGCCAGGUGGCAUCACAACCAUUCAGACAGUCAUGCAGCCCAUGCCCCUUAUGCAACCUCAAACUUCUCAACAUUACGAACAGCAAAUGCAACAAGUACAGCAACAGCCAAUACAGCUGCAGGUUCAAGCCCAGAGUUUGUCAUCUAUUCAGCAGCCUCCACAAGCCCACCAAACUGCUUUGGCACUUGAUCUCAAUCACCAGUCAUCUCCUCUGUCAUCUGCUUUGCAAGCUGUGGUCCCAUCACACGAUUUACCAAGGCAACCCUGUCAGGCAAAAGUUCAGACUACUCCACUUUACAGUAAUGUACCAGGCCUACCACCUUCCCCACAACACAAGCCUCAAUCCAUAUUGCUUGCUCAUAUGCACAGCCAGAGUUGCACUCAGACACAGACACAUACUCACCUGCAGACACAUGGUCAAUCACAGGAUCACUCAAACGCAGACACAUACACUGAUACUGUAGGUACGUCCGUGCAGCCACUGUACCCCCAAGUUCCCCUGCAACCCACCCAAAUACCAUCCAGUCCAUCUCAUGCCUCCCUCAACACUACAAACUUAUCAGGCUCCCAGCUUGCCCCCACUACAGCAGCGAUCCCAGUGUCAGAUGAGGCACAACUAAGCCACUCUGGGCUAACUGAUAUAGUUCCAACUUUCCUUCCUUCUAUCAGUGCUUCACAGCUACCUGCUCCUAAUGCCACUGCCCUUCCCCAAAACUUGCUGGCAGACUGUGACCCUGCAUUACCAGGCCUUACACAGGGGAGCCCAAACCAAUCUGCCAACAGACAUUCUUUAGUAAGUUCGGCUCUAUCCAGUAGAGAGGAAUCUCCAAUCCCCUUCGUUAAUGGUAAGCUGGAGAAAAUAAAGACUCAGCGGAGGUCUUCAUACCAACGUCCUGAGAGAACCACUCACUUUCAGCUAAGCAUGCUACAGGUGUCAAACACUGGAGACAACAUGGUGGAGUGCCAGCUUGAAACCCACAGUAACAAGAUGGUCACAUUUAAGUUUGACAUUGAGGAAGAUGCACCUGAAGAUAUAGCAGAUUACAUGGUGGAAGAGGACUUUGUCCUCGAAUCAGAGAAAGAAAAAUUUGUAGAAGACCUGAGGGCUAUAGUGAAGAAAGCCCAGGAGAUCUUUAGCACUCAGUCAAAGACUGGAUCCACAGAGCAGCUGCAUGUAAGCACACCAUCAAGUUCAACAGUAGACUCUGCCCCUCAGUCUUCUCCAGUGGGUCGUUGGCGAUUUUUUAUCAAUCAGACCAUUCGCCAUCGUGACUCCCAGUCCAACCGUGAAGCCUCCUCUCCUCCACCAGCAGGAGAGAGCCAGUGCCAGAUUGAGCAAGCAUCCAACCAUGAGGAUUCACAGGUGUCAGACUCCCUGUCUGGAGCACAUUUUUCUCCAUGUUCCCCACUUCUAAUGUCCUCUGAUCCUUCCUCUGCUAUCUCUGUCCAAGCCUCAGUACCUGCUGUCUCUAUCCCUGGUACAGCUACGUUGGACUCUACCAGCUCUACUACAUCAAUACUUCACAUGUCCACUGGAGAUGCAGUCACUCAAGACAUAGCAGCUAUCACCCAGCAAGCUUUGGUGAAGGGAUCCACAACCAACCAAGCAUCUUCUGUUAAGGAUGCAGCCUUUCCUGUGGCUGAUCAUGGCCAUACCUUUGCACCUAGCAAAGUUAUGUGCACAGAAUCCAGUAGUGGCUUUGGUUCUGAAGAUACUGCUGCUGAAGUGCAGAGCAUUCCUGGAGAUCAAAUACCACUCUCUGUCAGUUUUACUCAAAACCCCCUGUCAUCUUCUAUUUUAAAUCAUGGAGAACAAGUGCAGCAACUGCAGCAGUUACCCCAAGUUUCAACAACACUGGAACCUGAGAGACCCCAGCAAGUCCUACAAUCCCAACCACCAGAAGCCUAUUCGAUAAAGCUUCCAAAAGACAACAAUGAUCAGAUUCAGCAGCAGCUUCUGAUACAGCAACAACAGCUGCUACAGACCAAGCCAAUAGCAAUGGUGUCUCAGUUCCCAACCCGUGACACACUAUCUUCAGGUGCAGAACAAAACACACAGUCUUGUCAAGCUGAGUAUCCAGCAUCUCAUUUCCAUCUAGUGCAACAAUCAAUUGUACAGCAAAUGCCAUACCAACAGGGACAGUCUGAACUACCACUGCAACCAUUAAGCCAGCAGAAGGUCCAUGUACAGUCAAUUGCCAGUCUGGAACAGAGACAGCUGUGCGGUACAGUGGAGCAGCAGGAAGUCCCAGUGCAGCAGGAACCAGUGCUGCAUUCUGAAGCAGUGACCAAACAAUCACAGCAAAAAAUAGAAACACAAGACUCUCUUCUGCAUAGAGCACAGACUCAGUCUUUGAUCUUAAAUCAGGUCCUUCCUGAGGAUGCACAGUCUAAGCUAGAGCAGGUUCCUCAACCUGCUUCCCUGCUUGCACAAAACCAGCUUUCUAUUCACCAAUUAGAAUCAGAGCUCCCAACCGGACAGGUCACUGCCGCAGAUGACACUUUCAGCCAGUCUGCUCCUGUACAACCAUUGUCUGAUACCUCUCUCCCACCUCUCUCACUCUCAGAGACAGCUUUGCCAGCUCUGGCUCACGUCCUCUCCCCUUCCCCUGCUCAGCCUUCUUCAGUAGCUGAAUCAGACAGUGAGGGCCCCCCAAAAAUUGAGUUUGUUGACAACCGUAUAAAAACACUGGAUGAGAAGCUGAGGAAUCUGCUCUAUCAGGAGCAUGGUAGCAGUGGGGCCUCCAUUUCCACUCACACAACUGACAUGGCCUCCUCCUCAGCUAUAGCUGCCACAUCAACCAGGGCAGAGGAGUCAUCAGAGUCUCAUACAUUUCCACCUGCCACCUUCCCUCUUCCUCCUACCUGCUCUUCAGACACUUCUCCACAUUCUUCCUCCUGCACCACUUCCUCCACCACUUCUCGUUCUUCCUCCACCUCAUCAGACAGAGAAAGGGAGAAAACAGGAGAUGGUUGCACUGCCCAGAUUGCAACUCCCUCUACCGCUGUGGAGCACCAACCUGCCUCAUCCUUCUCCUCCACUUCCCCACCAUGCUCCCUUCUUUCCCAUCCUCAGGAGACUGUGCCUGGACCUUUAUCUCCACCCAGUGAAUCUACAGUCAUUGCUGUUUCCUCCCCCUCUGACAGUGCCACCGUAGAUGUCCUCCAGCCUUCCUUCUCCCAGCCGUCCCUUGCACCAGCAGCCGGACAACAGCAACAGCAGCACAAUGCAGGAGGUGGAUAUUUUGGCCUAAACCUGACUUGUCCUAGUAUCAGAAAUCCUGUUAGCAAGAAAUCCUGGACUCGCAAAUUCAAAAGCUGGGCGUGCAAACUGCGCCACUCCACCAGCUUGUUCAAGAAGCCCAGAGUCCAGCAAGAUGAGAUCUCUAGCAGACAGGUAGUGGACAGAGAGGCAUGCUCAGAUAACCAGCCUUGUUUACACAAAGGACGUUUCCAGGUGACCCCAGUCACCCAGCCUGAGGACCCGACACCUACAGUGAAGGUAGCAUCAAACCACAGAAAUGUUCCCAAGACCGUGGGACGCUUUUCCAUCAUGAAGGCAGAGGAGAAAGAUGAGCCGCUCACAGACAGCUCUCCUGUCUCUCCAGACCUGGAAAAGGAUAGAAGGAAGACAAAAGUUAAAGACGGCGAGAAGGAAGAAAGAACAAUCCCAGUAGGCUACCACCAACCACUACGUAGCCACACACAUUCUCCAACAGGAAGCAGUGAUGAUGAGAGUGAGGUUGAGGAUGAGGACCUGAGGAGGGAGCUGCAGCAACUAAGAGAAAAGCAUAUUAAGGAGGUGGUGUCACUACAGGCACAGCAGAAGCAGGAACUACAGGAGCUCUACAAGCAACUGCGCAGUCUGAAAGAUCACCAUCAGCCUCCGUCGCCUGUGACAUCGCUGGCCAUUUCCCCCCGCCGACCCCGCCCCUCCAAACCCAAACUUCGCACUCGUCCUCAUUCCCACACUGACAAUAAUGGAGUCACACACCAAGGUUCUCUACAGCAAUCCAGCAGUUACUCUGGUGAAGAGCCAAACAGACUACAUUCGUACUGCAAACCUGAAAAAUCAGCUUCACUGGCCUCUAAGACAGCCCAGGUUUUAUCCAAUAGAGAAAGUACCUUCACAGAAAAACUGCACAAACUAGUAGAUGAUUGGACAAUGGAGGCUACUGGACCUACCACCCCCAAACCUUCCCUCAAUCAACUCAAGCAAAUUCAACAAGCACAGGAUUUAGGUGGCUGGAACCAGCUCACUGAGUCUUCACCUGCAGCCUGGUUCCCGACCACUUCCCUAAAUCCCACGAGUGCUCCCGUAUCAGCCAGCAGCACGGGAGGAGGCAACCCCGCUCCUGCCUGCACUCAGCCCUCCAUCUCUUCUACAUCACAGCAGAUCCUCCAUGUUCAGACUUUUCAACCGCUUCAGUAUAGCGAGCCCAGCAUGCCGGUCUCCAGUGUACCCACCUCUCUCACACCCGACACUACUCCUCCUACAGCCGUUCCAGCCCCACAAACCACUAUCACCUCCUCCUCCACAACCGCUUGCUCCUCCACAAAUGCCUGAUUCUUCUUCAAUAGGACAGCAGUACGAAAGGAUGGGGAAGGAGAGUGAAGAUUCCCACUUUGAGAAUGUGAAAGCCAAACAGGAAGUCUGAUUCUUCUUGGUGUGAACAUAUAUAAAGAUUUUAAAUAACUUUUUGACAUUAUCUCUUUUUAUUUUAAUUCAACAGCAGUUCUAAUAUAAUGACUAUUGAAAUGAAAUUUUUUUAAAGUGCAAUUAGUAAUCAAUAUUGGAAUUCAUCCAAUUCUGCACCAGUGUAAUGUGUGUCUGUAUAAAGAAAUCUUUUUCGAGACAGUAAACAUGGCUGUUUACUGUUUAGAUACUAAACAGGAAGUUGCCAUUUUAAGAAAGUAAAGCACAAAGCGUCUUAAUAAACAGCAAGAGCAAUUGCAUGUUCAGCACAGAGCAUGAAGAAAGGUACCUCGGAACCAUGGCCUCAGUCAUGUGACCAACUUAAAUACCAUUUUACAAUGUGAUGCACGGCAUGUUCAAGUUUCCUUCAUUUCACAAAGAAUAAUAUUUGUAUUAAUAAAAUUUGGAUUGUUUUGGUAAUAACAUGAAUAAUCCGAUUUGAAUACUGGAGAAACUUUUUAAAUCGUCCAGUCCAAUAGAAAUUUAAAACAGCACUGAUGGCAGUAUUUCUUAUUUCUUUUAUGCAGACUCUUCAGUAAAGUUCUGCAGGACAGGAGGUUUUAGGAGAAGCCCAGUCUCGUAAUAGUGUGUUUCGCACAAUUUCCUGCAUCUCUCUGAGCACAUUAAACUUUGAGCCUGCGCAUUGUUUUACAAACAAUGUACUCUCAAUAUAACCAUUAUUAGAUAAAAACUAUAAGCAGAUAAUGUAUGUUCCUCAUCAGACUAAAUUUUAUUUAAUUGUAAAGUUGUUUGAUGAGUGAUAUACUUUGUUUGAAACUACCAAGUGAAUUUAAGAACACAAGAUUUGCACUUGACAACGUGUUUUCUUUCUGAGUAGCAUUUAAGUGCAUUCCUCCUUGAGAGUUUAAGGCCAGCCUUAAAAAAAAUAACUGUUUACAUAUAUGUAUAUAAAUUUACCUAUAUCUCAUGCACAACCCAGUGAAUAAAAUUGCAUUAUACGGACACACACAUACAGACAAAACUGACAUUAAGUGUGGGCUUUUUAUCUUGUGCUUGCUUAGUCCACUUUCCCUGGGUUUUGCUUUCACAUUUGUAUUCUUUGUAGACAGACCUUAAAAAUCAGUCAUGUUAUUUAAAAAAUGUUUUAACCAUUGGGGGCUUAUUACUUUGGAGCACAGUGUAUAGGACAGAAGGCUUUUGGUUGAAAAUUAAGAAAAUUGCCUGUAUUUUUCAAAUGUCUGUUAUAAGGAUGAGACAAAAAAAAGAAACCUAAGGACUAGGACAGAAAUAUGUUUUGUAAUGUAACUGUUGACCUUGUGGAUGUUAAGUGGACAUGAAUGUUGCACAAGAUUCUGGAGAUUUUUCGACAGUUCCUGUAAAUCUGUGUCGGUUCUUUGUUUUCUGUGGGACAACCAACAUACUGUAAUUACCAGUAGUGAGUUUGUGCUGUCAAGUCACUAACAUUUUGUCUCAUGCCCUUUUUAUCCUGAAGUGUUACCAAAAUGUAAUCUAAAAGAAAGCAUUAUUUUUGUAUUUUGAACUAGGCUUGUAAAAAAAAACAAAUAGAAGAAAGUAAAAUGUUCUGACUGGUGUUGCAGAAGCUGUGGCUGCCUUUUGGUCGGUCACUUUGGUUCUCAGCUCUGUUGGUGAAGUUCCCCUGCUUCAGUUUCAGAGGUUUCUACAUUUGUUAUUUGUUUACUUUCCUGAAAGUUUUAAGAUGUUUUCAUUGCAAUUCAAUCUUAUUUAUAUGGGAAACCAAAUUGUUCAUUUUUAUGGUUAACCUAAACAGGGAACCCCAAAUUCAUCAAACUGAGCACCAACAAUUAAAGGUUUGUGAUCUAUACUAUGAUUAAAUCUUUAUUGGAGGUAAUUUAGCUUCUGUAAAAUGACAACUAAUGCAACUGUUGAUUUUCUCUGUUUGUAACUAAUCAGAUUAAACGAUGGUGUUCUACUCCAAAA